GGAAAACUUCACCCUUUGCGGUUGCCGUAGAAUGAGAAGUGCGCAUGCGCUGGUUUUAGUCCAAAGAUGGCGGCCUGCUUUGGGACGUGUAGGUUACAUAUGAAAGGAGCAGAGAGGCUCGUUAAACUGCGACAAAAAUCGGAUUUACGAGCUCGGAGAAUACUCAGCAGAUCCACCUUUGCCACUAAAGCACAGACAGUCAAAAAGGUGCUACAACAAGCUGGUGCAGCAGCAGACGACAAGGAAUCGUUUUCUGCUGUCCAGGAGCAAAGACGAGAACAAGCAGAGAGGUCUGUCCUCAUCAACUGCCCACCAAACAUCAACCAGAAAAGGUUCUUAGACUACAUCUCUAAACAUGGACACAUACAGAACCAUUUCUUCUAUCAGUCUUAUGGUGUUUAUGCAGUGGUGGAAUUCUCUACAAAGGACAGCAUCACUGCAUUGAAGGCAAACUGCACCAUACCAAGUGUCCAACAUGAAGCAGCUGUGCCUUUCAAAUCUCGUCUCCUCUCACUGAAAUGGACAGGGCAAGCCGGACAGUCAAGUGCCUCAAGCACGCUGAAGUUCCAAAAGCUUUUACCUAUUCCUAUUAAUGAGCUCACUCAACAUCUCUCCAAACAAGAGAGUAUAGAUCAGCAGCUGCAGUGUCUGUCUGAUCAGUAUCAGCUGACUGAAGAAAACAUCAGUUUACGCUUCUUGGUCUGUUCACUGCUCAGAGAUAUCGCUGCUGCCUAUUUCCCAGAAUGCAUCAUCAGGCCUUUUGGCUCCACUGUGAACAGCUUCGGAAAACUGGGCUGUGACCUGGACAUGUUCCUGGAUUUAGAUGGCAUCAGUGGACAGAACCAGAGGAAGGGUUCUGGUCUGUCACUUGAGUAUCAAGUAAAGCAGGGGACGUCAGAGCGGACGGUCACCCAGAGUGUCCUGUCUGUUAUCGGGGAGUGUGUGGACCAGUUUGGCCCAGGCUGUGUGGGCGUUCAGAAAAUCCUCAAUGCGCGCUGCCCCCUCGUCCGAUUCGCUCACCAGCCUUCAGGAUUUCAAUGUGACCUCACAGCAAAUAACAGGGUGGCGAUGAAGAGCUCGGAGUUGCUGUUUGUGUUUGGUAAACUGGAUGCACGUGUGCGACAUCUGGUCUUCGCAGUUCGGUGCUGGGCUCGUGUGCAUGGCAUCACCAGCAGCAUUCCUGGAGCCUGGAUCACCAAUUUCUCCCUUACAGUCCUCGUUCUGUUCUUCCUCCAGCGCAGGACGCAGCCAUUACUGCCCACUCUGGACCAGCUCAGAGACCUGGCAGACCCUUCAGAUCGGUGCAUUAUUGAAGGGAAUGACUGUACGAUUGUCAGUGACCUGAGCAAGAUUAAACUACAGGAAAACUCAGAUACACUAGAGAUGCUGCUGCAGGAGUUCUUUGAGUUUUAUGGCAAUUUUGCCUACAGUUCAACGUCCAUCAACAUAAGGAAGGGAAAAGAGCAGAACAAACCCGAGUCGACCCCUCUGCACAUCCAGAACCCGUUCGAAACCGGUCUAAACGUUAGCAAAAACGUGAACGCGACACAGCUGGAGCGAUUCGUAGCAUUGUGUCGUGAGAGCGCCUGGCUCCUUGAGCAGAAAGAGGUGCUUAAACGGAGUACUGGUCAGUCAGCAGACGUAAUCCCACCUUGGGGACUGGCUGCCCUCCUGUUGCCUUCAGUUGCUCAGUCAGCGGGCGUGAAGGGUCGCAAGAAGAAGAAGCAUCAUCCAGCGAGCGAGAGGAUAAAGAAUUUGCUGGAGUCACUAAAGAGCAACAGUGGAGGAGCAGGUGCAAAACCAAACACUGUUAAUGGUCACCACUAGGGGGCAGCAUGCCUCUGGACUUUAAUGGGGCCUGCAUUUGGGUAAGAACUGAGAUUGUUUCACAAACUCAAAACGUCUAACCAAGUGGUGAUUGGUUCAGCCGAGUCGGGCUGUGGUGAGUCCAGCCUGGAGAAUCGGCUCCACUGUCUGCCUGUUUUACCGCAGCCCGGCCUGUGUGAACCACAAUAACAAAACAACGCCACAUCCACAAAACAACCUACAGUGUUUCCCUUAACGUAUUGUGGGAUAUUUUAGGUUGGUGUAAACAGGAAGCCUGAGAGCUUGUUGUUCCAUCCCCUAUGAUGGAUAGCUGACAGUGGAGAUUCACUCAAUGUGUUCAGAUUAAAAGGGAUCAUGACGCUGUAGCGAACCAGACCGACUGCAUUGUGGAAUAAAGCCAAAUGGCAUCUGAAUGAA